ACACAAACAAAUGCAUGUAUAGUGAGUCGUCUCACACCAGGAAACGAACAAGAACUCGUUUAUACAAUACAUUUUUUGAUUUAUUUGGUGGUGUACGUAUUGUGCUACCUAACUGAGAUGUAUCUUACUUUUGUUUACAUUCACAGAAAUUAUUGAUGCAAUGACUUUAAUUAUUUAAACUGAUUUGGUUUCGUGUCGUUAUGACAGUCGAUUAAAAAGCUAGGGUCUCAAGAUUUUCAAAGACAGUGCCGCUGCGUUGUGUUUUUUGCCUCCCACAAUUUCUAUAUUUUAGGCAAAUGAGCAUGCUCAUUUUUAGUCUGGCAUUUAUAGAAAUGACAUGACACAACUGAGUAAGGUUAGCUUGUGCUGGCAUAGCAAUGAAAGUGGGGCAUGUUGCACCAGUAAGAAUAUCUUAAACUGCAAAUACCUGACACUUUCAAAUAGUACUUAUACACAAACACUGGCCUGAGUAGAAUUGCUUGUGAGAAGGAGUUAAUUUGAGAAACUGUAUUGUGAUUUAGUUGUUUGUAUUGGAUAUUGGCGUGACUGUCCUGUUGCUGUCAAACUGUUGUAUGAUCAUUUGGCUGCUGUUCAACGCAACAUUCAUCUUGUUCAACAAGAAGCAUCUGUAGCAUGGAAGAUACAUCAUCCAAACAUUGCUGCUGUUUGUGGUGUGACUCUGGAGUUAGAAGAGAAGAAGGCAUGGAUUAUCAUGGAGUUACAUAGCGGCUCCAUGUCUGGUGUGAUUGAUGCAUGUCAAGGAGAUGUUGCACCUCUCACUUUACGAGAAAAAGUUGACAUGGCACAUGAUUCUUUGUGUGGAUUUGAUGUUCCUACUUCACCAAAAAGCUACAAAACCGACGUGUACAGUAUGGGAGUAACCAUAUGUGAGCUCUUCACUGCUGUUCCUCCAGAUCGUGAACAAAGGAUGGAUCAAGUCUUACUCAUCCGUCAGCUAAAUGUUCGUUCCUUAUGUAAGCACUUGAUGAGAGAUGACCCUGCCACACGACCAACAGCAACAGAAGCCCGUCAUAUUAUUAGUCGUAUUCGUGAUACAGACGAGUAUAAAGCAUGUCCUCCUAAACGAAUGGUAAAGGGCAAGAUGGAUGGAAUGGCUGAUGUCACUCUCGUUUAGUCCAUUUGGUGAAGUUGACAUUUGAUUGAAGCAUGUGUUUGUUACUUGACACCAUUUAUAUGUUGUUACAAGGUAUUCACUUAGCAAUAGCAAUAUCUUUAGCUUUGAAGGAUCACAUUGUAUUUUGUUAUCUCAUUGGUGAGACAUUAUAGAACUAGCGUGUUUUACUGUUAGAACUUUGACAUUGUUAUUCAGUAUUUGUAGGUUUGAUGUGUAUCACCUAGUCACGUGACAUUAUAAUAUGUUUUGAUUCUACGUACAUUUGAUAUUAUACUUACUACUUACCAC